AUGCACGGGAGGUUUAUUUCCCUCUCGCAGCUAAGCUUCGAGAUCCGUGCUGCAAAUGUGGAGCAAGGUCCCGGAGGUUGUAAUGUAGCCAAGACGAAGACGAACAUGGCUUUGUGUGAGUCGACACUGCGUCAUGCGUUCCCAAAGUUGGAGACGUCCGAGCGCGGGAGACAGUUAGCUGCUAGGCUUCGGGGCCAGCGAUCCGAGACGAGUGGAGUUGCGGUGUUCGGUUGGGAUAACGAGGAAGGUCGGGUGCUAAGCGUGGGUAGUGAGUCAGACUAG